AUGGCUCGAGACGACAAGUUCUCACGGUCACGUACUGGAUGUCUGCAAUGUCGAAAGAAGCACAAUAAAUGUGAUGAGCGACAGCCAAUCUGCUCAUAUUGUGCUUUGCGAGAUUUUGACUGCAAAUAUGCAUCGGGUGUGAAAUGGGUUCGACCAAAAGAGCCAAUACCGACAAGACACAAGCCUCGUUCCAAAAAUCCCCGUCGAGCGAUUGAAUACAACCUGUUGGGUCAGCCUUCGGCAAUUUUCGCACAGACAUGUUUUGAAUCUGCAGAAGACAAAUCUGCCUGGGAAUAUUAUAUAAGCCUUGUUACAUCCAAUGUCCCAGCCGUAGAUGGCCCGGACAACCCUUACCGGCAACUUUCUAUCCCCGCUCUAUCAUCACCAAUACUUCUCGAGACUAUUGUCUGCAUAUCAACAGAACAUAUGCUUAAUUUCGGAUUAACCAGCAUUGAUAUUGCGGCCAAGCGCCAGCAAAGAAUGCUCAGAACGCUCGGACAAAACCUACUCAGUAUCGACGCCCCGGCGGCCUGCGAUGCAGGUACACUCGUAGUCAGCAACAAGCAAGAGCGAGAAGCAGUCCUCACAGCCGUCGUCCUCCAGGGAAUCGUCGUCGCACAAACAGCAGAUGGCGUACUGGAGCCCCACGUCAAAUGUGCCUCUUGGCUCAUGCAAGCAAUAGGCUACUUUGAUAAAAUACCACAAAAUCCCAUCGCACGCAUGACAGUACAGCGCUUUGGCAUGGUUGACGUAAUGUUAGCCAUCUCACGACAGCGAAGGCCGUACGCACCGCAGAGUUUCAUACUCAACCAACCCGACCAUAAUCGAUGGGAUACCACCGAGCCCUCGUUCCACAAAAUGACAGGCUGCCCACAGCCCCUGAUGUGCUUCCUAGUACGAAUAGCACAUCUAGCGUGCGACGUGAACGAGGGACUCGAAACAAAUACAGACGAAAGCACCAUUCUCAACGAAGCAUUCCAACUUGACAGCGAGCUUCGCAGCUGGGGUUCCGGAUACACUGGAAUCCCACCGGCGCGAGAUGAGCGCACGCCGCUGGAUAUUCUGACCGAGUGCUUUUACUGGACCGCGCAUUUGCUACUUGCCCGUCGGGUUUUCCGCGACCAGACGUAUUCACCACGCGUGCAGCAUUUAAUGCAUGUAUGCUUUGGGUUGAUGGAUCAUCUAUCGACGGGUUGUGGGCCUGAUUCGUCGCUGCCUCAGCCAUUUUACAUAGCUGCGAGGGAGGCUGUAUCGUCUGAGGACCGUGCGUGGGUUCGACAGAAGCACGAGUCUAUGACGGCUUAUUAUAGGGAACAACAGCGGAACUCGGCAAUGGAGCUUAUUGAGCAGAUCUGGGAAACCACGGAUAAGCUACGCGAAUUUGGUAGUGGCUCCGGUUGGCCAAGUGGACUUGAAUUGUCAAUUGUGGAUAGUUAUGUGCAAGCGCUGGAUAGAGGGGCUUGUUUCUUCAUCUUCUAA